AUGCUGUGGCUCUUCUCUGCCCUGGUGCUCCUUGGAGCGCUGGCCACCCCAGAAGGGACCUCCAAGACAUGUCCAGCCUGCUCUCUGCUGAGAAACUGCCCAGAGAUGACUUGUCUUUCCUCUCAGGAUUUCUGCUUAUUUAGCCAGAUGCAGCUGGAGAAUGGGACCCUCAUUGAGAAUGGAUCAUGCGUGGCCCCUGGGGAAUGCCAAGCAGGUGUCUAUUCCCUGACCUAUGGCCUGAACUCAAGUCUCUGGGUCAGCACAGCCUGCUGUGAAAACAACUGCAGCAGCAUGUGCGAACCAGACAAAGGGCCCAACGCCCAGCCCAACACCAUGAAGUGUCACUACUGUUCUGGGGAUAAAUCAGCCCCGUGUGACUCCAUUUCGGUCAUGAACUGCACUGGGAAACAGACUGCAUGUGUCACCCUCAAUGGGACAUGGAGCGGAGGGGGUCCCCAAAUCCUGAAGGGCUGUGCUACACCAGAGAUCUGCCAACUACAUGUGAAUGCCACCCUGGGUCCGGAGGAGUCUGGAUUUCGUCUCACUGCCAAGCCUGAGUGCACCUUCCUGGCUCCUCCCACACCAACAGGUUCCCAUGCAAGUGUGACCCAUGACAAGGAUAAGGCUACCAUCUGUUUCACCUGCUCCAACCUCUAUCACUGUGAUCCUCUUCCCUGCCCAGAAGAUAGGAACUACUGCCUUCAAACAGCAGGCGUCACAAUCUUGGGGGAAGGCAAUUCUGUGACCUGGAGAAAUGGUUCCUGUGUGGCCGCCAACGACUGCAAAUUUGACAACUCCUUCUCCGCCUUGACCUUCGGCGUUGGCUUUGGCUUCAGUGUCAACACCACUUGUUGCCGAGGCAACUGCCAGGAGCCCAUUCCUCUCGCAGCUCACCCAGCCUCACGUACCUUGAGCAAGUUUCUGUGUCCUACAUGUUUUGGAAACUACUUGGGUCCCUGCAAUUCCUCCUUCUACAUGCAGUGUCCCAGUGGGGAGAUCAAUUGUGUCCAGCUAAACCUGAUGUCUGAAGAAGGCAACCGGAACCUAAGCGUGCGCGGCUGUGGCUCCCGAGACCUAUGCAGCGGCCUGACAGUGACGCAGGGACCCUUGGCGCUCCCGAGCCACCGGCUGGCCGGCCGGCCCAACUGCAGCUCCGGCCACCGCGCGGUCAUAGAGUCCCAGUGCCACUCUGGCGCCGCGCCUGGCCUCCGCCUUGCCCUGGCGGCACUGGUGGCGGCCCUGGGGACAGCGGCGCUCUCCUGAGGAAUUCCGCCUGACCGCUGUCGCCCUGGAGCCCCGGGAGGCUCUUCUCCACUGCGUGUUCCGUGCGUCGCUAGAUGGCGCCCUGACUCACCUCUACUAGGGCACUUAUGGGACCUAGAAGCUUCUUGUGAUAAAGUCAGGAGCCAGGUUGCACGUCCUCCCUCAGACUAUGGCUUGUGGAAGGCCUGACCUCCUGCGUUUCCCCAAGGCUAAGUCCUCUUUCCUCACACCAGGGCCACCAACCACAAUACCUCUUCCCUCUGCAGUGUAAAGCCACCCAAGGCCAGGCCUCUUUGCUCAAUUAGGGCUGUUUCCUCUCCCUCUCUAGAUGAAAGGUUUCCCAAGGCCAAACCUCCCGCCCUGAAACUAGGAUUGUUCUUCCUCAGGUUAGAGACACCUUACUCAGGGGGCCCCAAACACUAAGCCUCCUUCCUCAAAAUAGGGUAUCCCAAGCCCCAGACUACUCCUUCAUACUAGGGCUGUGUCCCUUCUCCCAAACAUUGAGCAGCUCCUCCUCCUCUGUCUCCCUCUUUAGGGUCUAACAAAUUCCUGGGCAGUGACGGCAGUGACGGCAGGGCCCCAGGACCCCAGGACCCAAUGCAUCCCCUUCCAAGGUUUUUAGAGCAGCCCAGUCCACCCCCACCAUGGGCCAGGAUGUGAGGGAGGCCUGGGGUGGGUGAG